AUGGCUGAAAAACGUGUAUGGCGCUAUGGUGCAAGCAGAUAUUUGUUUGGAAGAUCUGAUGGAGUGAGGCAAAAGGGUGCUGGAGUUGUUCAGAGUGUUGAAAUUGACCAAACAGCCCUUAGAUACAGCAGUAAUGCUUCCAACGUUGAGAGGAUUGGAACAUGGAAGGCUUUACAGCAAAUAAUUCUAUUCUAUGAGAAUCUUGGGGGAUUGAAAGAGAUGAGAACCAGAGACCAAGAAGCAGAGGAAGAUUGCAGAAGUUGUGAUGAUGUGGUUCCUUACAAAUUUGGUGAAAAAUCCUCAUCUGUUCUGAGCUCAACUGGAUUCCAGGAUGCAACAUUCAAAGUUUUCAAUGGGCUUGGUCACUACACAAUCCCUGAAGAGAUGAAUGAGGUUUGUGCUUGGCUGACUUCUAAAUUGGGGCUUGAAGGGCGUUCUUCAUGA